AUGACUGACAGACGAAGAAUCAAUGGGCCGCCUGGCGGCACACGGCCUCCAGUCUUUGCUUCUUUCAUCAAGCCCACUGCCGUUGCGGCGGAGAGACCGCGACGUCAAAGGCAGCCAAAUGAGCUGCGGAAAAUCUUCCUCAAAACCGGCCUCAUCCCUUCAGCUUCCGGAUCCUCCUACCUCGAAUUCGAACCUUCUGCCUCUCUUUCCGCUGCGCGGGCAUCACCUCAAUCCGUCAUCCCACCCUCCUCAUCACUCAAACUCGCAUGCACAGUACACGGCCCCAAGCCACUAGCUCGAUCCGCGACAUUCUCUCCCAACCUCGUCCUCACCACACACGUCAAGUACGCACCGUUUGCGGCUCGGCAGCGCAAAGGGCAUAUCCGCGAUGCCAGCGAACGUGAUCUCUGUGUGCACCUAGAGACUGCCCUUAGGGGUGCCAUUGUUGCAGAGAGGUGGCCAAAGAGUGGCCUCGAUAUUACCAUCACAGUCUUGGAAGCGGAGGAUGACCGGUGGUGGGGCGACGCGCCCGACUCUCAUGAUGCGGCUUGGGGAAUGAUGAAUGUUCUGGCGGGGUGCAUUACGGCUGCGUCUGCGGCUAUUGCCGACGCACGAAUCGACUGUCUUGAUCUUGUUGCUGGAGGUGUGGCUGCAGUGGUUGCCGAUGAAACUACUGAGGGAAACACUUCAGCGCCGAAGCUGAUGCUUGAUACGGACCCGGCGGAUCACCCGUCGAUCUUGUCGGCUUGUGUGGUUGCCUAUAUGCCUGCGCGCGAUGAGAUUACUGAGCUGUGGCUCAAGGGAGACAUCUCGAAGGCAUCGGUAGGGACUGCCGAUAAGAAUCUCACCCACGAGGCGCUGAUAGAUGGUGCUGUGGAUGCGGCUCGUGGAGCGCACUCGGUGCUUGCAGAAGCCGUUCUCGAAUCGGCAGAGCGGUUUGCCGGUUUGUCGAGUGGAAAAACCACAUAA